AUAUAUCUCACCCCUAAACCAAGCAUUAAUCAGAACCCACACAAUACUAAAAGAUAGAGAGAUCGAAUCAGCUCAAAGACGAUGAUCAAUAUGAAGUACGACCUUCUGGUAGCCGUGGCCCUCCUGAUGUUGGCUUUGGCCGCUUUCUCCCACCUUGCCUCUGCCUAUGACCCCAGUCCUCUACAAGAUUUUUGCGUUGCAAUCAAGAGUCCCAUUUCAACUGCUUUUUUAGCUAUGAAUGGAAAAUUCUGCAAGGAUCCAAAACUUGUCACGGCCAAUGAUUUUUUCUUCUCAGGGCUACGCAAUCCUGGAAACACCGAGAAUCCACUCGGCUCAAAGGUCACUCUUGGGACUGUGGACCAAAUACCAGGCCUCAACACAAUGGGAAUAUCCUUGGCUCGUAUUGACUAUGCUCCACAUGGUCUAAAUCCUCCUCACACACACCCUCGUGCCACUGAGAUUCUAGCAUGCGUAGAGGGUAGUCUUUAUGUUGGUUUUGUCACAUCUAACGCCGAUGAUAAUCGCCUUUUCGCCAAAGUUCUAAAUCCGGGAGAAGUCUUUGUGUUUCCAAUUGGUCUCCUUCACUUCCAAUUGAACAUGGGAAAGACCAAUGCUGUUGCUUAUUCCAGUUUCAGCAGCCAAAAUCCUGGAGUUAUCACCCUAGCAAAUGGUCUCUUUGGAUCCUACCCUCUCAUCAAUCCUGAUGUUCUCGCCAAAGCCUUCCAAAUGGAAAAGAACGUGGUCAACUUCCUUCAAAAACAGCCCUGGCCAGACAAUUAGCUAGAGAAAUAUUAUACGUAAUAAUUACGUACGUACAUUGAAGCAUUAGAUCACGUACGGUAUGCAAAUUAAAAAUGUAAGAAUAAUGCUGCGGCCAUUCAUAUCUA